UAUUUCACCAACAGGUAUCCUUCAGUUCUGGACUCCAUUUUGCGGCGCAGACUUCAGCAGUCCGUCCGAUGGGCUUCACAGCAGGAGACUCAGUGGAACCUGAGGAUGAAUCCAGACGAGAACAGAGCAGUCUGUCCAUCACCCAGCGGUGUUUCUAUGAGGAGUGACCGAUCCAAAGAUAUUCUUGUGGGCUUCAGUAAUUAUCCUGGAUUCCCAGACCAAAGAGGGAGGAAGAGGAGCAGCGUUGGUGAGGAGGAGCAGCCGUCCUGCUGUGCUUUGUGUCAGAAGGUUCUGAUGGAUCCGGUCUCUACCAGCUGUGGACACUGGUUCUGCAGACGGUGCAUCAGGUCCUACUGGGACCAGUCUGCUCCAUCUGGACCCUCCUCCUGUCCCCAGUGUGGGAAACGACCCAGAACAGGAGCUGGACUGCUGACAGCCAAUCAGAGCAGCUGUGCUCCAGCAGAUGUUGUUCUGCAGGAGGUUCUAGAGGAACAUAAGAUCAGUCUAAGGAGGAGAUGUGAAUGUGUGACUGAAGGAAGUGAUGAAACAGGAAGUAGAACCCUCCUCAACAGGAUCUACACUGAUCUCUACAUCACAGAGGGUCAGAGUGAAGAGUUUAACACCCAACAUGAGGUGAAGCAGCUGGAGAGAGCUUCCCAGAUCCAGAACCUCCAUGACUCUCCAAUCAGGUGCCAGGACAUCUUUAAAUCCUUCCCUGACCAACAUGGAGCCAUCAGAGUGGUUCUGACCAAUGGCGUCGCUGGUGUUGGAAAAACCUUCUCAGUGCAGAAGUUCACUCUGGACUGGGCCGAGGGCUUGGAGAACCAGGAUGUCAGUGUGGUGGUUCUGCUGUCGUUCAGGGAGCUGAACCUGAUCAGAGAUCAGCAGCACAGUCUUCUCUCGCUGCUCCAUGUUUUCCAUCCAACACUCCAGAAGCUCCCAGCAGAGCAGCUGGCUGUCUGCAAACUGCUCUUCAUCUUUGAUGGCCUGGAUGAAAGCAGACUUUCACUGGACUUCAGCAGCAGGCAGCUGGUUUCUGACGUCACACAGACGUCAUCAGUCAACGUUCUGCUGACAAACCUCAUCAAGGGGAACCUGCUUCCCUCGGCUCUCAUCUGGAUAACUACCAGACCUGCAGCGGCCAAUCAGAUCCCUCCUUCAUGUGUUUCCAGGGCAACAGAAGUACGAGGCUUCACCGACGCCCAGAAGGAGGAGUACUUCAGGAGGAGGUUCAGUGAUGAAGAGCUGUCCAGCAGAAUCAUCUCCCACAUCCAGACCUGCAGGAGCCUCCACAUCAUGUGUGGAAUCCCAGUCUUCUGCUGGAUCACUGCUACGGUUCUGGAGAACAUGUUGACCUCAGAGCAGAGAGGAGAGCUGCCCAAGACCAUGACUGACAUGUACUCACACUUCCUGCUGGUCCAGACAAAGAGGAAGAAGAACAAGUACCAUGGAGGACAUGAGACAAGUUCACAGGAGCUGAUGGAGGCAGACAGGGAAGUUCUUCUGAAGCUGGGGAAACUGGCGUUUGAACAUCUGGAGAAGGGAAACAUCAUGUUCUACCAAGAAGACCUGGAGCAGUGUGGUCUGGAUGUCACAGAGGCCUCAGUGUACUCAGGAGUUUGUACAGAGAUCUUCAAAAGAGAGAAUCUGAUCUUCCAGAAACCAGUUUACUGCUUUGUUCAUCUGACCAUCCAGGAGUUUCUGGCUGCAGUCUACAUGCUCCACUGUUUCACCACCAGGAACUCAGAGGUGAUGAAGAAGUUCCUGGGAAAAACAUACAAUGAAACAUCUCUGGAUGAGUGGAUGGAGAAAGUCAUGAUGAAAUCCCUCAGGAGUAAAAAUGGCCACCUGGACCUGUUUGUCCGCUUCCUUCAUGGCCUCAUUCUGGAGUCCAACCAGAGACUGCUAGGAGGCCUGCUGGGUCAGACAGAGAACAGUCCAGAAACCAUCCAGAGAAUCAUAGAUAAUCUGAAGAAAGGAAGAAACCUUUCAUCCCCUGAUAAACACAUCAACAUUUUGCACUGUCUGGUGGAGAUGAACGAUCUCUCAGCUUUUCAGGGGAUCCAACAGUUCCUGAAAUCAGAGAACAGAUCAGAGAAGCUCACAGUGAUCCAGUGUUCAGCUCUGGCCUUCAUGCUGCAGAUGUCAGAGGAAGUUCUGGAUGAGUUGGACCUGGAAAAGUACAAAACAUCAGAGAAGGGACGCCUGAGACUGAUUCCAGCUGUGAGGAACUGCAGAAAGGCUCGACUUGGUGGCUGUAAACUCUCAGAGGCUGGAUGUGAAGUUGUGGCUUCAGCUCUGAAGUCCAACCCUCAUCUGACUGAACUGGAAAUAAGUGAGAUAAACAUAAAUAAAUGUGGAACCCUUGGAGACUCUGGACUGAAGAACAUCUGUGAGAUUCUGGAGAAUCCAGUCUGCAAAGUGAAGAGUUUGAGGUUGAGGGACUGCAGGUUGUCAGAGAUCAGCUGUUCUUCUCUGGCCUCAGCUCUGACCUUUAACCCCUCACAUCUGACUGAACUGGACCUGAGCUUCAACGAAGACCUGAAAGAUUCUGGAGUGAAGGAGCUCUGUGGUUUCCUCCAGAAUCCAGAAUGUAAACUACAACGAUUACAGUUGGAUGGCUGCAGUUUGUCAGAGAUCAGCUGUUCUUCUCUGGCCUCAGCUCUGACCUUUAACCCCUCACAUCUGACUGAACUGGACCUGAGCUGGAACAACCUGAAAGAUUCAGAUGUUCAGCAGCUGAAGCGUUUUGUAAAGGAUGUAACCUUAUGGUCAUGAUCUCUCUAAAGUAAAGAAUCGUUUCUGUUUCCUGCUGAUCCUCAGAAGCUGCAGCAGUUUGAGUCUAAAGAGACUCUGACUGGAUCAUGAUGAUGACCUUUGACCUGAAAGAUUUUCAUCCCGUUUAUUUUUAGUGUCUGAUAUUGUUUGUCUGUCUGUAUCAAUAAAGAUCCAAUUCAAACUCGG